AGCGGGAAUUUUCAUUGGGGGUUAAAGCGAUUACUCGAGUAUGUUUUUCCCGGCAGCUGACUUCGUCCAGCGAUAAAUGUAUUGCUUUAAAAAUUGCUCAAAGAAACUCAUCCAUACCGAAUAGGAGUGCACAAGAUGUUGCUGUUAUACAUACAUACUUGUGUACAGCCAAACAUGCACAUACACACACACACACACACACACACACACACAUACACAUACACACACACACACACACACAAACACAUACACAAACAGAAGCACAUGAUGCAGAUGACGAGAAUAAUGUUCGCUAUUGCAAGCGUUGUUGAUCAUUCGCCUUGCAAACUUUUCAUCAACUUCUCAAUCAAAACAUAAGAAGAACUGAACUGAACACUGAACCAGUUC